AUGGACAGUGACCCGGAUUUGAGUUACCUGCUUAAAGGAGCAGAGCUGGUGAAGGUUCGUUCAGGCUCAUGGAGAAAAGCGAGAUAUUACAAACUGCAGGAGGACUGCAAGACCGUAUGGCAUGAAUCAAGAAAAACCCUGCGACCCAAACACACCUUUUCUGUAGAGGAUAUCGAGUGUGUGCGGUCAGGCCGGCACACCGAGGGUCUCAGGAAGUACACGGAGGAGAUGCUGGAGUCGAGAGCUUUCUCCAUCCUGUUCAAGGGUCGACGCAAAAACCUCGACCUGAUCGCCAACUCUGAGGAGGACGCCAAACACUGGAUAUCAGGCCUGGAGAAGAUCAUCUCCAACAUGAGCAAGCUCAGCAAGCAGCAACAAACUGAGCACUGGAUCUUCAACUGUUUGCGCAAAGCCGAUCUAAACUGUGACAAAAAGUUCAGUCCCAAAGAGCUGAAGAGCUUCCUGGACAGCAUCAAUAUAGAGGUGGACGAUGACUACGUCAAGCUGCUCUAUGAGAAAUGUGAUAAAUCUAAGAGUGGCUAUCUAGAGGGCGAGGAAAUUAAAUAUUUCUACGAGAUCUUGACUGAUCGGGAGGAAAUCGACGUGAUCUACAGAGCAUAUGCAAAAUCGAAGGGGCUGAUGAGUGCUGCUAACCUGCUGGACUUCCUGCAGAAGGAGCAGAAAGAGCAAGUCGACCUCGAUCACGCCGUCCAGCUCAUCGAGAAAUACGAGCUGGAUGAAACAGCCAAAGCAAAGCAGCUGAUGACGAAAGACGGAUUUCUGAUGUACCUGAACCAGCCUGAAGCUCUGAUCAUGAGCCCGGCUCGAAAGACGAUUUACCAGGACAUGAACCAACCACUAAACCACUACUUCAUCUCCUCCUCUCAUAACACCUACCUGAUGAAAGACCAGCUCAAAGGCCCCAGCAGCACUGAGGGCUACAUACGAGCUCUGAUGAAGGGCUGCCGCUGUUUGGAGCUGGACAUCUGGGACGGUUCCGACGGAGAACCCGUCAUCUACCACGGAUACACACUGACCUCCAAGAUCCUCUUCAAGGAUGCCAUCCAAGCCAUCAAGGAGUAUGCCUUCAAGACAUCGGAGUUUCCAGUGAUCCUGUCCUUAGAGAACCACUGCAGCAUGGACCAGCAAAAGCUAAUGGCCCAACACAUGACCUCUAUUCUGGGCAGUGCCCUGCUCACCAAGCCUCUCGGGGAGCAAAUGCCUGCCGUGUUACCCUCUCCACAGGAACUGAAGGGCAAGAUCCUGAUCAAAGGCAAGUGCCUGAAGAACCUGGAGGACUUUUAUUCAGACCAGGCAGCCAGAGAGGAGGAAGAGUCACUGACUGAAGAAGAGGAUAGCCGCGAUGAUGAUGAGGAGGGGAGCGCUCAAAACAAUAAGAAGUCGAAGAAGCUGAAAGCAGCCAAAGAGCUCUCAGACCUCGUCAUCUACUGCAAAAGCGUUGCAUUCCAUGGAUUUGAUCAUGCACGGGACAAUCAGAGCUUUUACGAAAUGUCCUCAUUUAAAGAGGGGGACGCAGUGAACUUUUCAGAGAAGUUCGCAAAUGAGUUCAUUCACCAUAAUGCGGACAAGCUGAGCAGAAUUUACCCAUCAGGAGCAAUGAGGACCAACUCCUCCAACUUUGACCCAGUACCUCUGUGGAAUGCAGGUUGCCAGAUUGUCGCUCUUAACUUCCAGACGCCGAGCACAGAGAUGGAUCUGUACCAAGGUCUUUUCAACCAGAACGGAAUGAGUGGAUACGUCCUGAAACCGGCCUUCCUCAGAGAGCACCAGACUGAAUUCGAUCCCAUCACCCUCACCAAAGGAUCAUGGCUCAAACACGUUGAACUCCAUGUGAUGGUGAUCUCAGCGCAGCAAUUACCCAAAAUAAGCGAGCAGAAGUUGUCCAUCGUUGAUCCUCUGGUGCGAGUGGAGAUCCAUGGUGUGCCGGCGGACACAGCCAAAGGAGAGACGCAGCACAUUCAGAACAACGGCUUCAAUCCGAUGUGGAACGAGAAUUUCAAGUUUGACAUUAACGUGCCUGAACUUGUGUUGGUUCGCUUUGUUGUGGAGGACUACGACGCCGUAUCCAGCAAUGACUUCAUCGGCCAGUGCACGCUCCCCUUCGCCAGCCUACAGAACGGAUAUCGACAUGUACCCUUGUACAACCAAAGCGGGGACCUUCUCUCCUCAUCUGGACUUUUUAUUCACCUCAUGGCUGUGGAAGCUGAAUAACUGAGCCAUCUUAAUCAAGCCUCUUAUUGUGUAGCAGCACUUUUUCACCCUCAAUGUGCAUUUCAGAAAGCUGAAUACUGGACUGAAACAGCAAAGAAACACUGGGAGGGCAUUUGAAUUUAAAUGAUGUGAUUUUAAUAUGUGAAGUACACUUUUUAGCAGUAGAUACUGUAGGUCAUUGAACUCAUUUAACACAUGAGCAUUAGUAGAUUUGCCAGGGUAGAAUUUUGGUUUAGAAAGUAAAAGUACUUACCUGGAUUUUUUUCCAGCUACGUGGCCUUGCCAAUUUGCUUACGGCAUGUAGUAAAAUGAUCUGGGUGGUAGAACACGCUGGCAGGACUUUUACUUCUUAAAGCUGGAAUUAAACACUUGAUUUAACACUAAACUAAAAUGUAGCGUAGUACACUGAGUAACAGGGAUGAGUUAAUUUAUUAGACUGAAUUCUUUUAUUUUAGAUGUUUUAAUGUUUUGCCUAGUAGAUACUUGAAUACGUUUCAAUAUUUUAAUAGUUUGACUGAUCUGUAUGCUGAACGCAUCACAAAACUAAAUAAAAAGCCAGUGGCUGUCAAGACGACAAGCUGCUGCAGAUAAAAUCUCUCA